AUGAAUCGCAAUGAGGAAAUAUCUUUAGAAACAUUGGAUAAAGUACUUUCAGACAGAAUUAAGCAAAUGAUUGCUUUAACUCCACGUGAUGAUAUAACAAGAAGACAAAUUUUAUACCAAAUCGAAGAUUUGCCAACUUAUUCAAGGAGACUUUCUGGAUUUUUAGAUUAUAUGAUAGAUUAUUCUUCAUUUCUUCAGCAAGAAACAUGGAAUAUUGAAUCAGCAAUCUGGGCAGAAAAAGAGAAAUUACCAACUCGACAAGAAAAUCCUAAAAUAAACGAACGUAUUGAUAAAUUAGCACAACAUUUGGGUGUUAAAUCAAACAAACUUGAAGAUGAGGUUAAAAAACUUGUAGAUUCUCCUAAAAUGUCAGAUGCUCAAGCAGAUUACUUUAAAGCAAUCCAGCUCUUAAGCUCAAACUACGGCCGUUUAAAUAUUGAUGUUUCUGAAUUAGUACAAACCAACAAGUCAUUGAAAAAACUUCACAAAAUGACUACACAAAGGUUUUCUCCAACAACAUCACCACCACAACUUCAACAUUCAACUCUAUCAGAUAUAGAGUGA